AUGGUGAUAUUUGCUGCGUUGGUAUUGGAGUUUCUGCCUCAACUGGCACAUGAGGUCCCUGCUGCCAAGAGUUCCAUGGAUGGCCCCAUUCCCAUUUUUCACAAGUCCUUCCAGCCAGGGGACCUCAUUGUUGCUGGUAUCAUUUCCCAGAUUUAUAUCUUUUCUGACCUCAUAACAUUCGGAAGACAUCCUUCUCAGGAACUCCUCGAUGAUACCAUCUACUUCAGUGUAAGCAGGACCUAUCAGGCCUCAGUGGAACUUCUCUCUACGAGGGACAGGUUCAUCCCAAACUACAAGUGUGACAGCCAGAACAACCUGAUAGCAGUCGUAGGAGGACCGAGCUCUGACAUAGAUGUCCACAUGACAAAUAUUCUGAACAUCUACAAAGUUCCACAAUUGACAUAUGGAUCUUCUUCGGUGGUGACUGAGAAAAACCAAGCACCUUUCUCCCACUGGGUGUUUCCAAAUGGAGCCCAUCAAUAUAAGGGGAUUCUCCACUUACUGCUGUAUUUCAGGUGGAUGUGGAUUGGGGUGUUUUAUCUGGAUGUUGAAAGCGCAGAGCAGUUCCUACAGAACGCCCUUCCCUCUUUCUCCCAAAGUGGGAUCUGUUUUGAUUUCAUACAGAUGUUACCCACAAUAACUUUUUCUUCUGAGAUCAAUGAAGCUAUAGGAAAGGGGCUAGAGAUGUACAAGAUGGCUAUGAGAAGCUCUGCCACUGCAUUGGUUUUACAUGGUGAAAUUCAGACUAUUAUAAGUUUGAGGACAGUGUACCAGUUUGCAGAAUGUGAGGAUGCACCAACUAAAACAAAAGGCAAAAUCUGGAUUAUGACAGCCCAGAUAGAUUUCACAUCAUUUCCGUUCCAAAGAAAUUGGGACAUAGAUGUUAUCAUUCAUGGGGCUUUAUCUUUUGCAAUUCACUCAGAGGAGGUGUUUGGAUUCCACAAAUUUAUCCAGACGAGAAAUCCUACUUUGGACACAGAAGAUGGUUUUAUUAAGGCGUUUUGGCAAAAUGCAUUUCACUGUUCAUUACCCAACUCCACAGCCGUAAGCCAGGAUAGGGAAAUCUGCACCGGAGAGGAGAAGUUGGAAACGCUUCCGGGAUCUGUUUUUGAAAUGAGGAUGACUGGCCAUAGCUACAGCAUCUACAAUGCUAUCUAUUGUGUGGCACAUGCCUUGCAUAACAUGCACAUAUCCCCGUUCAAACAUAGAAGGAUGGCUGAUGGAGAAAGAAGGCAGUUUCUGAAACCACAGUUAUGGCAGCUUCAUAAAUUCCUGAGCGCCGUCUCAUUUAACAACAGUGCUGGGGAACGAGUUUUCUUCGACCAAAAUGGGGAGAUAGUAGGUGGAUUUGAUGUACUAAACUGGGUCACGUUCCCAAAUCAGUCCUUUCUUAGAGUCAAAGCUGGACAGAUAGACCCGAACAUUCACUCAGAGAAACUGCUUACCGUUCAUGAGGAUAUUAUUGUAUGGCCCAGCAAGUUCAACCAGACAUGGCCUCUUUCUCAGUGCAAUGGCAACUGUAAUACUGGUUCUAGAAGAAGAAAGAAGGAAGGGAAGCCAUUUUGUUGCUAUGAUUGUCUUCCAUGUCCAGAAGGGAAAAUUUCCAAUAAGAAAGAUACGGAUGACUGUUUCCAAUGUCCAGAAGAUCAUUAUCCAAACAAUGAGCAGAAUCUAUGCCUUCCAAAAGAUAUAAUCUACUUGUCUUAUGAAGAACCUUUGGGCAUCAUUCUGGCUAUCUUUGCGAUUUCCUUUUCUUUCAUCACAGUGCUGGUGCUUGGCAUCUUCAUUAAGCACCACAACACUCCCAUAGUCAAAGCCAACAACCAAAAUCUGACCUAUUCACUUCUCAUUUCCCUCCUGCUCUCCUUCCUUUGUGCUUUGCUAUUCAUUGGGCAUCCUGGAAAGGUGACCUGUCUCCUUCGACAAACGGCUUUUGGCAUCAUCUUCUCAGUUGCCGUUUCCUGUGUGUUGACCAAAACUGCCAUUGUGGUUCUGGCUUUCCUGGCCACCAAGCCUGGGUCCAAGAUGAGAAAAUGGGUGGGGAAUCAACUGACCACCUUCAUUGUUCUUUUCACUUCUCUUAUACAAGCCGCCAUAUGCACUGGCUGGCUGGCAACUUCUCCUCCAUUCCCAGAUUUUGACAUGCAUUCAUUGACUCAAGAAAUUGUACUGGGAUGUAAUGAAGGGUCAGUCACCAUGUUUUGCUGUGUCUUGGGAUACUUGGGCUUCCUGGCCAUUAUCAGCUUCACCGUGGCUUUCCUAGCCAGAAAGUUACCUGACAGUUUCAAUGAAGCCAAGUUCAUCACCUUCAGCAUGUUGGUCUUUUGCAGCGUUUGGCUGACCUUUGUUCCAACCUAUUUGAGCACCAAAGGAAAAUCCAUGGUGGCUGCGGAAGUCUUCUCCAUCUUGGCCUCCAGUGCUGGGUUGCUGGGCUGCAUCUUUCCCCCAAAAUGCUAUAUUAUUUUGCUGAGGCCUGAUUUGAAUAGCAGGGGACAUAUGAUAUGGAGAAAACACUGA